UCAAUGAAGCGCAGCCUGAGAAGGAUGCUGCGCCCUGGGGAGAAGAAGGAACCCCAGGGCGUGGUCUACCAGGGCGUGGAGAGCGACAUGGACGACUCCAAGGAAUCGUUUAAGGUGGUUUUUGAAGGAAGCGCAAGUGAAUUACAAAGAUGUAUGAAGAAGCAAAAGAAAAUACACAAGUAUGAUGAUGUGAAUGCCGCCCCGUUGCAUAAUGCUGCAGAAGAAGGUGAAGUUGAGCUGAUGGAGAUGAUCAUCAAUGACUCCUCUUGUGAAGCGCUGAACGCGAUGGAUGAUUAUGGAAACACUGCUCUGCACUGGGCUGCAGAGAAAAACCAGGUUGAAAGCGUUAAGUUUCUUCUUAGCAAAGGAGCGAACCCAAACAUUCGGAACUGCAGUAUGAUGGCGCCCCUCCAUCUCGCCGUGCAGGGCUUGCACAACCAGGUGGUGAAGGUCUUGAUUGAGCACAGCAGCACGGAUAUUAAUUUGGAAGGAGAAAAUGGAAACACUGCUGUGAUAAUCGCAUGCUCCAAAGAUAACAGUGAGGCACUGCAGAUGCUGUUAAAUAAGGGAGCUAAGCCAUGUAAAUCAAAUAAGUGGGGAUGUUUUCCUAUUCACCAGGCUGCCUUUUCGGGUGCCAAAAAAUGCAUGGAAAUCAUAUUAAAGUUUGGUGAAGAAAAUGGGUAUAACAGACAAGCUCAUAUUAACUUUGUGAAUAACGGGAAAGCCAGCCCUCUCCACAUGGCAGUUCAAAGUGGCGACUUGGAAAUGAUUAAAAUGUGCCUGGACAACGGUGCCCAGUUGGAACUGAUGGAGAACGGGAAGUGCACAGCCCUUCAUUUUGCCGCCACCCAGGGAGCCACCGAGAUUGUCAAACUGAUGAUAUCUUCCUAUUCUGGGAGCAGCGACAUUGUGAAUGCCGUGGACGGAAACCAGGAGACGCUGCUUCACAGGCAAGCUACCGCCUUCCCAUCUGGGUACAGUUUCGGUUUCCAGGUGUUACAUUAUCCCCGACUGGAAGCACUUGUACAGCAGAGACUCUGCAGUUCAAAAGGAAAGAACAGGGAUAGCAAAGGCCCUGGGUUCAACUGGGAAUUACCGGCUCCUUUGGAAUCACAGAACAACACUGCGCUCCACUUUGCUGCCACGGAGGGCCACGCCAAGGCUGUCGCCCUCCUUCUGAGCUACGAUGCCGACAUCAUCCUCAACAAGCAACAGGCCUCCUUUCUGCACGUGGCAAUUCACAAUAAGAGGAAGGACGUGGUUCUUACAACCAUCAGGAGCAACAGGUAUGCUGGCUUCCUGUCCAGUCAUGGAGCAUAUGCAGUGUCUGGCUCCAUGGUCAUGGUCAUGGGCAAGCGAACUGCCCUGCCCUACCUGGACUUCCCCGACACACUCUUGCCAACAGAAACCCCAGAGCUGGAUAUUGGUGAAAAUAUUCUCCAGAACGGGAAGUGCACAGCCCUUCAUUUUGCCGCCACCCAGGGAGCCACCGAGAUUGUCAAACUGAUGAUAUCUUCCUAUUCUGGGAGCAGCGACAUUGUGAAUGCCGUGGACGGAAACCAGGAGACGCUGCUUCACAGGCAAGCUACCGCCUUCCCAUCUGGGUACAGUUUCGGUUUCCAGAUGCAAAAUAUCAAAGAGCUGGUAAUGGAUGAAGACAACGAUGGGUGUACACCUCUUCAUUAUGCAUGCAGACAGGGGGCCCCUGUCUCUGUAAAUAACCUACUGUGCUUUAAUGUAUCCAUUCAUUCCAAAAGCAAAGAUAAAAAAUCACCCCUACAUUUUGCAGCCAGUUACGGGCGUAUCAAUACAUGCCAGAGGCUCCUGCAAGACAUGAGCGACACAAGGCUUUUGAAUGAAGGUGACCUUCACGGAAUGACUCCUCUCCACCUGGCUGCAAAAAAUGGGCAUGACAAAGUGGUUCAACUGCUUCUGAGAAAAGGUGCCUUAUUUCUCAGUUGUUCCAAUCUGUCCGAAUGGGUGCUUUUAGAUUUUUGCGUGAUGCCUUCCACAGAAGACAAGUCCUGCCAAGACUACCACAUCGAGUAUAAUUUCAGAUAUCUCCAGUGGCCAUUAGAAUGCACCAGAAAAACGUCUGCAGAGGAUGUGGUUAGAUAUGAGCCUCUCGGAACCCUCAAUGCAAUGGUACAACAUAACCGCAUAGAGCUUCUCAACCACCCUGUGUGUAAAGAAUAUUUACUUAUGAAAUGGCUGGCUUAUGGGUAUCGAGCCCAUCUUCUGAACCUAGGCUCUUACUGUCUUGGGCUCCUGCCUAUGACCUUUCUUGUUGUCAAUAUAAAGCCAGGUAUGGCUUUCAACUCAACUGGGAUCAUCAAUGAAACUAGCGAUCAUUUAGAAAUAUUAGACACCAAGAAUUCUUACCCUAUAAAAGUUUGUAUGAUUUUAGUUUUUUUAUCAAGUAUAUUUGGAUAUUGCAAAGAAGUGACCCAAAUUUUCCAACAGAAAAGGCAUUACUUUUUGGAUCACAGCAAUGGAGUUGAAUGGACCAUCUACACAACGAGCAUCAUUUUUGUGUCGCCCUUGUUCGUUGGCAUACCGGCUCACGUGCAGUGGCAGUGUGGGGCGAUUGCUAUUUACUUGUAUUGGAUGAACUUCUUAUUAUAUCUUCAGAGAUUUGAAAACUGUGGAAUUUUCAUCGUUAUGUUGGAGGUAAUCAUGAAGACGCUGUUGAGAUCUACCGUUGUGUUUAUCUUCCUUCUCUUGGCGUUCGGACUUAGCUUCUAUGUCCUCCUGAGCAUACAGGACGCCUUCAGCUCUCCGCUGCUUUCUAUAAUCCAGACCUUCAGCAUGAUGCUGGGGGACAUUAAUUACCGCGAUGCCUUCCUGGAACCAUUUUUGAGAAAUGAGCUGGCAUAUCCGCUUCUAUCCUUUGCACAACUUAUUAUCUUCACCAUGUUUGUCCCAAUUGUCCUCAUGAAUUUACUGAUCGGCCUGGCAGUCGGUGACAUUGCUGAGGUGCAGAAGCACGCACUGUUGAAGAGGAUUGCUAUGCAGGUGGAACUCCACACCAACUUGGAGAAGAAGCUGCCACUCUGGUUCCUGCGCAAAGUGGAUCAGAAAUCCACCACCGUGUAUCCCAACAGACGCAGAUACGGUAGAGGGUUAUUAAGUGUAUUUUAUUAUAUCUUUUGCACCCAAGAAGCAAGACAAGAAAUACCAAAUGUCGAUACAUCUUUAGAAGUAGAAAUAUUGAAGCAGAAAUACCGGCUGAAGGAUCUGACUUCUCUUCUGGAAAAACAGCACGAGCUUAUUAAACUCAUCAUUCAGAAGAUGGAAAUCAUCUCGGAGGCAGAGGAUGAAGAUAACCAUAGUUCUUUUCAGGACAGGUAUAAGAAAGAGCAGUUAGAACAAAGGAGCAGCAAAUGGAAUUCUGUGCUGAGAGCAGUAAGGGCGAAAACUCAGUACCCUUAGAUUAGCAUAGUUACCUACCACAGCAGGGCUCCCUACGUAUAUAUUUCUUAUAUAUUAAAUGCAAAUAUAACAAAUGUAUGCACUGGGCCUAAUUUCCAAUUUGGAAAGAGUGAAGAGGGGAAAGCAGAAAUCUGGUUCUGUUUCAUUACCUGUGAAACCAUGGUUUCUACAUCCCAUGUAAAAGGAAACUCUCUCUUUCUCUCUAUUCAUAUUUUCUGCCAGCCACUCUGUGUUGGGAAUAUCCCUGCGGAUAUGUUCAAGUUGGACUUUACCUCUCAUUAUUUGAGUGGUAGAAAGUAAUUUGCUACAACACACAUUUUUAGUGAUAAGGAGUCAUAAAUGUAACUGUUAAGCUAGAAUACAAAUGUCAAUACUGGAUUCCUGCUUGAUGAUUAUAUAAUAUGUCAUGCGUUACACAGUUAAUAAUUAGAUUGGGUUCUACCAUUUGGCAUCUUUGUGUGUGUGUGUGUGUGUGUGUGUGUGUGUGUGUGUGUGUGUUGGAAGACCCCGUGGCUGGAACCCGGUGUGCUCUAUUCCAACCGUAAUAAAUGGCCCCACCCUUCUUGCUGCUCCCGGGACACCUGAUGUCACUUUGAGUUCAGGCUCAAACUAACAGACCUUAUGAUAUGCAUGAAUUUGACUCUAGAUAAUGUGUUGUUUCUGUGUUUUUUUGUUUGCCAAUGAUCAGA